AUGGCAACUGAAUCUCCUGCUAAUAUCAUCGGUUCACUCACCUUUUGUCCUGAGUGCGGUAACCUUUUGGAUAUGGCAGGUGGCGACGACGAUAUUUUAUUAUGUAAUCAAUGUAGCUGUGCAUUUAGAACAGCCGGUGUCGAAGCCACAGAAGUCAUCACCACUUCAUCUGAACGUUCUUUCCAAUCAGCUUUGAAAUCCAAGCGUCAUUUAGUCCAACAAAGCAAGGAAAACAAGCAAGCCAGAGCUAUUAUCAAAGAAAAAUGCCCCUCUUGUGGUCAUCAUGAAAUGGAAUACCACACUAUGCAAUUGCGCUCUGCUGAUGAAGGUCAAACAGUCUUUUACAACUGUAAAAAAUGCGGUUACAAAUACUCUGUCAACAAUUAG